GCUUUCAGUUUGGCCUUUUGCUUUCAACAGGGGAUGUAUCCAACUGAAUAUAAUCAGCAAUCUUCAUUGCAACCUUCCGCUGGACCUGAAAACAAGUAGAUUGCAAGUUUACCUGAGUCUAACAUUGGGUCAAUCUGAUAUGCGGCUUGAAUUAUAACACCUUAACCACAAAUGGAAGAUCAUUUAGGGACUAAGAAAAACGCAAGGGAUCGGCAAAGUACAUCAAGCGUGAGUAGUCCCUCCUCACCUAAAUCAAGACAAAGUACGAAGUUGCGAGACAGGUUGAGACUUGAUAAGCAUGACUGGUCUUACGCUGAUCUCCAUCCUGUGGUCACAAAAAUUGUAGACAGUAUUCCCUCGUCAUCUUCCGGGUUUGACAAAAAAAAUCAAAUUUCAAAGAAUGUAAAUGAGAAUGACGAGCUUGUGAAAUACAUGUCGAAUUUGCCAAGUUAUCUGGAGAGAGGAAACAUCCAGGAGAAAGCUUUCAAUGUUGGGGUCCUUGACUGGCGCCGUUUAGAGAAGUGGCAGCAUAACCAGAAACAGGCUCCCAACAGAAGUAGGAGGUGUUCACUAUCCAGCAAUAAUAGCUCCUCAAUUUUCUCCACAGAAGGAUCGUCUUCACAUUCUAGCCGGGGUCUCAGCUGCUCUCCUUCUCGUCAAGGGAUGCACCAGACAACACUCCAAUCACAUAUGAAUGCAUCUCCCACUGACGGCUGUCCUGAAGGUGUCAAACCCUUGGUGGGAAGUGUGGAAAUGUUUCCAGGUCUCGAUGCUGCUUCACGUAACCACCUGAAGGGGCAGAAAAGUGUCCUCAGAACAUGUCAGUCUGCUAACAAAAACCCUUCUGGUAACGGGCUUAAAGAAUGCAAGAGUAAAGACUCAGACCCACGGAGCAUUCCCCAGACACAAGAAUUCCAGAAUUUUAAUUAUUAUGGGGUGGCUUCAAGUUCAAAAGGAAAGAUGAAAAUUCCAGAUGGAGAUUCUAAGGGGCUAGAGAAGUUGCAAGUACAGGGUCAUAAUGUUGAUGAUCAUGAUUGGCCUGAACAGCACAAGACAGUAGUCCUCCUUUUGCCGAGAGAUGGCCCUCAAAAUAAGUGUUCUGCAAUAUCCAUCCCUUCUGAUUCAACGGAGAAUAAUGGUCGGAGAUCAAUGGAAAUAAGCAGGAGGAGCUUUUCAGAUGGAUCUAUUUUGAACAAGGACUCCCAUACAGAGCUCUAUUCCGAUAUCCCACACUCAUGCCACCUCCCUUGUGAAGUGGACAGCAUUAGGCACUCACAGAUAGAACCACCCACCUUCAUAAGUUUGAAGAGUAACAAGUUGUCUUUGGAACCAUCUCAACCUUCUAUGUGUUCUGCAAAAUUUUGCGUCAGUCCAUCCAGAGGGAAGGCCCUGGAAGGGAAGUUUCCUGUUAUGCCUAUAAAUUCAACAGUAACCAAGUCUUCUGAGGGACUAGAACCGAAAAGGGGCACUGUAACACCUGUUCGAGUCAGAAACCCUUCCCCAACUCAUCGAUUUAACAUUGGCAUGGGUAGGAUUGGCGGAAGUUCCAGCUCAGGAGACAGUUCUGCUAUCCCACAAUUGAGCUCCAAACAUGUUGCUACUAAAUCUGGUUCACAAAGAGAUGAGGCUUCUGCUUGUUUAGUUGACAAAAAUUGUGACAAAUCAAAUGCUACUAGUAGAGGCCAGUCUAGUCCUCUGAGAAGGUUGCUGGAGCCAUUUAAAUCUGGUUCAAGAAGGGAGGAAGCUUCUACUUGCUCGAGUGACAAAACUAAUGAUAAAUCAAAUGCCAGUAGUAGAGGCCAGUCCAGUCCUCUGAGAAGGUUGCUGGAGCCAUUUAAAUCUGCUUCAGAAAGAGAUGAAGCUUCUGCUUGCUUAAAUGAAAAAACUUGUGAUAAUGCAAAUGCUACUAGUAGGGGCCAGUCCAGUCCCCUGAGAAGGUUGCUGGACCCAUUGCUGAAGCUGAAGGCAGCUAACCAGCAUCAGUCUGCCGGGCCAUCACAGAAUGAUUCAGCGUUAACAGAGGGAACCUGCAAAUCAUCUGAUGGACGGAGCCCAUCUUCCACUGUCCAUGCAAUCAAAACGAAAUUAGAUUUGAGGAGUUGUAGGUCAAUUGAAAUUGAUGAGCUACAGAACAAUGAGAUACAUGGAUCACCAACAGUGCAAGCUCUUUUACAAGUCGCUGUAAAGAAUGGUCUUCCACUUUUUACUUUUGCAGUUGACAACAACACUGACAUUCUAGCAGCCACAAUGAGGAAGCUAACUUCUUCAAGGAAGAAUGACAAUAGCUGGAUUUAUACAUUCUUCACCAUUCGUGAAAUGAAGAAAAAGAAUGGGAGGUGGUUAAAUCAGGCAGCGAAAGGCAAAGGGCAUGGCUACGUCCCUAAUGUUGUUGCACAAAUGAAAGCUUCUGAUCCUCCAUUCUCAGAUGCGAUGAGACAAAAAUGUGGGGAUCAAUUUAGUGUUAGGGAGUUUGUUUUGUUUUCUGUGGACCUAAAACAGACUGAUCAGCAAAUAUCUGACCUCCAGCCAAAUGAUGAGCUUGCGGCCAUCAUUAUCAAAUUUCCGAGAAAGACUACUGAAGAUUUGAUUAGCAGUGGGCAACAGUGCAAGCCCUUCAAUAAUCAAACAGUGACUGGUCUGAGAGAGUCAUUGCCAGAUGUCAGAGGUGACCCCAAUUCCUACGAUGAGGAAGAAAAGGAAAAGGAGCCUUCUGUUGAAAGUCAAGACCUAGUUAGCACAACAGUUAUACUUCCCGGUGGUGAUCAUGGAGUUCCCAGUAAAGGAGAACCUUCACCACUAAUUGAACGAUGGAAAUCUGGUGGGUCAUGCGACUGUGGAGGUUGGGAUUUGGGUUGUCGACUAAGAGUUCUUGUCAAUCAGACUCAAUUUAGUACGAAAUCCAGUCCAACAAAAGAUCAUCUGAAUGCUGAGCGAUUUGAGCUUUUUUCUCAGCAGGAAGAAGUCCUAGAUAAUAUGUCUGUCUUCAGUUUGUCCACAUUCAAAGAUGGGAUCUUUUCGGUUGAAUUCAACUCAUCAGUCUCGCUUCUUCAAGCAUUCUCGAUUUGUAUUGCAGUUUUAAACAGUAGGAAACCAUCUGAGCUUUCAGUAUUGAGAAACUUGUUUGAAGAGAAGUAUUCUGAAGAAACCACUUUAGCAGAAAAUGAUGGAAUAACAGCUUCUGAGAGAGGAGUCCAAAUGGAGAUUCCUGCAAACUGCGCCUCUUAUCCACCCCUUUUCCCGGUUGGAAGGGUCUAGUUUUCAGAAAAGGUUCCAUGAUUGUACAGUUCCCACAUCGCGAUUUGGGUAAAGCAGCUUGCGAAUCCUGCAAUAAAGUUUUUGUUCUUGAGACAAUCAUCGUCAUCCAUGGAAAGGAACUGCCACAGGGAGCAUGACCUCGAAAGCUGGGGCUUGCUACAUGAGCAGAGGAAAGAUACCUGGGAAAUUGUAAUUUUGCAUUAUUCGUGUGUAAAAAAGAAGCAAUUCAAGCCAGCUUGAAAAUAAACUAUCUUCAUUAUAUGAGUCUGCAUUUCCUGAGAUUGGAUGGUGUUUUGCAAUCCUAUAAUUCUUAAAGCUUGAGGGUAGUGGUUGGCCUAAGGCCAUCACCUCCGCUGUUGGACUUUAAGCUUGUGGGCUUAAACUUGGACGUCCUCCUUCCUCCCAUGUAACCUUGAAAAUAUAUAUAUGCACACACACACACACGAUGCUU